UUCACAAAUCAAGCGCCACUCUUCGACUCUCUCUCUCUCUCGCUUGUCAAUGGCGCUUCAGAAGAAACUUACAGAGUACGAGCUUCAAAGGCUUGAGAACAUCAAACGCAACGAUGAAAUGCUCGCUUCUCUUAAGAUCCAUUCCAAAAUUAACGACUUCUCUGCUUCAACUAAGCGCCAAAGAGCUCAAACCAAGUCUUACAAAGUUAGUCCGGAGAAGAAAUCGAAAAUCGAAACCCCAAUUUUCAUUCGGCGUUCGCUACGGACCAAAGGAAUGCCACCUGAUGUCACCACUACGCAAGAUUUUGAUGAAACCCUAACUAAGACCCCCAAAUCAAACCCUAAAUAUGAGUCCACAGGUCCUAUUACCAUCGGUGAUGCGUUUUGCGGUUACGCCUCUCACCAACAAAAAUUCACUGAAAAAAUCAUGGGUGUUUUGAAAAAACCCCAAUUGUGUUGCGGUCAUGACUCGAGGGAGGAAAUUGAAGGGGGUUCCGGCAAUUCGAUGGCUCGUGUGAAUGAAAAUGUCAAUUUUGGCUACCCAAUUCGGGUUCGGGGUUGUGUUGAUUUGGAAUCAAUGGGGUUGGAACCAGAAAAUAUAGCUAGGGUUGUGCCAGGGAGAAUACUAGUGUUGAGGUUCUUUCCCUCUACGGAUAUGAAAUUGAUUGCCGUGGGAAACAAGUUUGGGAAUGUUGGAUUUUGGGAUUUUGAUGCUGAAAAUGCGGAUGGAGAUGGGAUUUAUCUGUACCGGCCUCAUCCAGGGCCGGUUUCGGGGAUUGUAAUUCAACCAUUUUCCAUUUCAAAGGUAUAUACUAGCUGCUAUGAUGGAUUUAUCCGAUUGAUGGAUGUCGAGAAAGAAAUAUUUGAUCUGGUUUAUUCCAGUGAUCAUGCUAUAUUUUCUAUUUCUCAACGAACAAAUGAUACAAAGUCCUUGUAUUUUAGCGAGGGUCAUGGAGUUCUCAAUAUUUGGGAUGAGAGGGCAGGAAAAUCUUCAGCUUCGUGGAUUUUGCAUGAAGAUAGAAUCAACACUAUAGAUUUCAAUUCGGAAAACACUGACAUCAUGGCAACGAGCUCCACUGAUGGAACUGCUUGCAUUUGGGAUUUGAGAAAUAUUGAUGCAGAUAAGCCGAAAUGUUUGAAGACUUUUAACCAUAAAAGGGCUGUGCAUUCUGCUUACUUUUCACCAUCUGGAAGCUAUCUAGCCACAACAAGUAUUGAUGACAAUGUUGGCUUACUGACUGGAGCUAAUUUUGAAGACAUAACUAUGAUCAACCAUAAUAAUAAGACAGGCAGAUGGAUUUCUUCAUUCAGAGCAAUAUGGGGUUGGGAUGAUUCAUAUCUCUUCAUUGGUAAUAUGAAAAGAGGAGUUGAUGUUAUCUCCACGGCUAGGAGAGUAUGUGUUGCGACUUUACAGAGCCCAAAUUUGUCUGCAAUUCCAUGCCGCUUUGAUACACACCCUUACCAUAUUGGGAUGCUUGCAGGAGCCACAAGUGGAGGCCAGGUUUACACAUGGACAACAACAACUUGAGCUUCUCUUUUUCAACCACCAUGGUUGUACCUUAACUUAAAAUUAACUUGAUGAACAAUCAAUUCAGUUUAUAUGUAUGCUACUUCAUUUGGUAAGUUUUAAAUAUAUUUAUGGUUUUGCCUC